UCUGUGACCUACACGUCAGUGCUAAACACCAGCAGAAAAUCAUAUUGUAUUCGCUCUGUGUAGAUGGAACAGGCAUCGACCUUGAGAGUCCAUCCUGAUUUAAAGCUGCUUACUUGGUUUUCUGGGAUUAAAGGUGCUCAAUGAAUCAGGGCCCCCCAAAUGAGUCAAACAGCCAAUUCUUGCCAACAGUUGGUUGAAAACUGUGCCGCACAUGUAGCAGGGAUGGCGCAAGAGGACAGUCGCCGUGGUCAAGUGCCACCCACAUUUUAUCAUGGUGCCAGCCAGGAACUUGAUUUGUCCACCAAAGUGUUCAAGAGAGAGUCAGGAAGUCCUUACUCUGUGUUGGUGGACAGCAAAAUGAGUAAACCACAUCUCCAUGAAAGAGAGGAGCAGCCAUAUUUCAGGGAGAACAGAUCGGUAGGAGAGGUCCGGGCUGUGAAAGAAGAUAGAGAGAACUCUGACGACACUGAGGAGGAAGAAGAGGAGGAAGAUGAAGUGACUUACAAAAGGGAGCAGAUUAUAGUAGAGGUAAACCUUAACAACCAAACAUUAAAUGUAUCAAAAGGGGAGAAGGGUGUCCCCUCCCAGUCCAAAGAGACUGCUGUUCUUAAGACCAGCAGUGAGGAAGAGGAGGGUGACAGUGGGGACGAGGCCACUGAAGACAGUAAUGAUUAUGAGGAAAAUGAGAGGCAGAAGAAAAAAGAGAAAAGAGUGGAAAAAGUUAGUGUUGCACAAAGGAGAACAAGGAGAGCUGCAUCUGCUGCAGCAGCCACAACUUCCCCACCACCCAGAACUACAAGGGGUCGUAGAAAGAGCGUGGAGCCCCCCAAGCGUAAGAAGAAAGCUGCAAAGGAGCCCAAGGCACCUGUGCAGAAAUCAAAGUGUGAAGAGAAGGAGACUUUAACCUGUGAGAAGUGCCCCAGGGUGUUUAACACACGCUGGUACCUGGAGAAGCACAUGAACGUCACUCACAGGCGCAUGCAGAUCUGCGACAAAUGUGGGAAGAAAUUUGUUCUAGAAAGUGAGCUGUCCCUUCACCAGCAGACAGACUGUGAAAAAAAUAUCCAGUGUGUUUCCUGUAAUAAAUCAUUCAAGAAGCUCUGGUCCCUUCAUGAACAUAUCAAGAUUGUCCACGGAUAUGCAGAAAAGAAAUUCUCUUGUGAGAUUUGUGAAAAAAAGUUCUACACCAUGGCCCAUGUGCGGAAACAUAUGGUUGCACACACAAAGGACAUGCCAUUUACAUGUGAAACCUGUGGAAAAUCAUUCAAACGCAGUAUGUCUCUCAAAGUACAUUCCCUACAGCAUUCUGGAGAGAAACCUUUCAGAUGUGAGAACUGUGAUGAGAGGUUUCAGUACAAGUACCAGCUGCGUUCCCACAUGAGCAUCCACAUCGGACACAAACAGUUCAUGUGCCAGUGGUGUGGCAAAGACUUCAACAUGAAACAGUACUUUGAUGAGCACAUGAAAACACACACUGGAGAGAAGCCCUUUAUCUGUGAAAUCUGUGGGAAGAGCUUCACCAGCCGCCCAAACAUGAAGAGACAUCGCAGAACUCACACAGGGGAGAAGCCCUACCCAUGUGAUGUGUGUGGCCAGCGGUUUCGCUUCUCCAACAUGCUCAAGGCACACAAGGAGAAGUGCUUCCGUGUUACCAGCCCCGUCAAUGUGUCAUCUGCUGUCCAGAUCCCACUGUCCACGACUUCUCCUGCCACCACAGUCCCUGCUGUAGUGAACACACCCACCACCCCAACUCCACCUAUCAACCUGAACCCAGUGAGCACACUUCCUCCACGCCCCAUUCCCCACCCAUAUUCACACCUUCACCUACAUCCUCAUCCUCACCAUCCACAUCAUCUCCCGGUCCCCCCGGUUCCUCAUUUACCUCCUCCUCCAGCUCUUUUUAAGAGUGAGCCUUUAAAUCACAGAGGCCAGAGUGAGGACAACUUUCUGCGACAUCUGGCAGAAAAAAACAGUUCAGCACAGCACCACUAACAUCUUUGCUUCCUGCCAGCUAUUUUCCCAUUUUAUGCACAUGGAAACAUGCCCUUGUGGAAGUACAGAGGGUUAGUUGGUGAGAAUCUUUGUCUUUCUCUUAGCCCAGCAGAUGGUCCUAAUUUUUCCCUUGAAUCAGUUAACAAACGAGGAAAUCCUGUUUUGGAUCAGGAGUGCUCAUUUGAACCUGGGAACCAACAGGACUUAAACCCAAUUUGCUUGCGUUUUACUGGUGACUUUUAUAAAUUUCAGAUACUGAGACUUGUGGAAUUUUAUAAUUUCAUAUCAGCUGAUGAGGUAUGCUUGCUUUUAUAUCCUGGACUUCUCCUCAAAGAGGAGAUAGGCCUGGUUUUCUUUGUACUAAUCGGAAAGGCUGUGAGAUUAAUACAGAGCAUUAAUUGUAUCACUGUGUAUUGUAAUGGAUUCUUUUCAGCUUUUGGUGCCGGCUAUGGAGUGAGCCAGCCACGUAUCACGGUAUAUUUGAGCAUUAUAAAGAAAGACAAAAAAAUUUCUUGUUUGUGUAGCUCUCCUAACACACUCUUUAUUUUACUACAGAAAUUAUUUUAGAGGUUUUUGUAUAGACCUAUUUAGUAGUCUGUUUCUAAAAUGAAAUGUAUUUCAAUAAGCGGUGUAAUUUUUUCAGUGUAGCUGGACCUAUGUUGUAUAAUAGAUAAAUUUUUAUAAUCAUCAAAAUGUGAUUCUUAAAAGAUGCAUAUAGCUUCUAUAGUUAAAGUUAUUCUUACAACCAUAAACUUAAAAGGUGCUUCAGAGAAGAAAGGAACCCAAGAGGUCUCUGGAAAGGUUGCCUCAAAAAUGAUGUUGAUUUCAGAACUUUACGUAAUUUAUUUU